ACAACACGAAGUGUAGUUUCUUUUGGCCUGCAAGCUUUUAAUUCCCACAACCAGAUAAGUUACACAGCUAUGGAGCAGAGCGAAUAACGUACAUUGGUUUAUAAACAAUGUCUUUUCUUUUUUUGUGGAAGUGGAAGAAGCAUUAAUGUUGGGGAGAAGGUAAAACAGCUGAGAAGGAGGCCUGCAUAACAUGGAAAACUGACAGGAGAAAUCUGGAUACAGCUUUACAUGACAGCUCCUGAAUUGUUGGAAGAGAGAGCGUGCAGACAAUCUUAAGAGGGCUGCACUUCCCGGAGCUGGUGAGAUGGAGGAAGCAUACAAUGAACUUUACCAGCAGUUUCUUCGCCUGAGGUCACUUUGUCUGAAACAGGCAGCUCUGUUGCAUCAACUCACAACAGCCCUGCAGAAACAGCAAGGUGCAUCUGUUUCUAAUGGAGAAUUCAGCCAUAUGAUGUCCGUUCCUGUCCAGUUUACCCAUGAAAUCCCUCCAUAUCUCCUUGAAAAGCCUCAAAUAUUAAUGUCCGGGACAAAAAUCCCUGCAGCACAGUGUGGCAUUGAUUGCCAUUCAAGAAAUCUGAAGAGCUUCCCCGAUUUGCUUGCUGAUGAUAUGUCCAAGCUCUGUGUCGAUAUGCCCUCUCAAAGAAAGGAAGCUGUGGAGGCGCAGAAUAAAUCCCCACUGCUAUUACCACUGGACUCGUUGGGGUGUUAUGGAGCCUGUUCCAGUGAAACCAAAAAGUCAAAGCAAAGGUAUCCUGGUGGAGACAGAACUCUUCACACAGUCAGGAUGCCUAUGAUGGACUGUUGCUCCCUGGGUGAUGACUUCCACAGUGGAUCUGGUGCGGCAAUGUUGUCGGACGUGGCUCUACAGUCCCACGUUUGUGAUUUUUGCCAGGCGGUUUUCCCUGGACACACAACUACAAGAGGAGAGUUCCUACGACAUCUCGACACUCACGUCACCUAGACUAAAUGAACUUUCCUCUUGACAUGUGACUAACAGUGUGUGUUCAUAUGAUAUGCUGUGAUGGCGCAUACAUAACCUGGUCUGAUCCCAGCAUUGAAAUGAACCUACAGUUUAGCUGUAUGUCUCUGAAUGAACUGUGUUGAUAUAGUUUUCUGUCUUUGGUCUAAAAAGGUAGCGUUUGUUGCAUGCAUAAACUGCGUAAGAGGCGUAAUCAUAAAAUUCUGGGAAAUGUCAUAUUGGAAGACCUUACCUAAUUUAAAUUUGACCAGUUGUCUAUUCAAGAUUGUCUUCUCGAGCACUUCUGGACAAUUUUCGGUGUGGCUACUAUUUCUCGAUCUCAGUGGAAGUACCAUUCUGUCCACUGGCACUUGGGCUUCUGUCAUGCACGACGGUUCCUCCUUCAUUGUGUCCAAACAGGAAUUUUUCAACUUGAUUUUAAUUUUCGGGAAGUGGGCAAAGUCAUAGGAAAGCCCUACUUUAUUGGCUAUUUUACUUUAAAUGGGGCCAUAAAUUACAAUAUUAACAUCAUUUUGUGAGGCAAGUGUCAAGUCUAGUCUUUUCAGAGCAUUCAUUAGAAACAGACUUGGUUGUUCUCUGUAAAAUCCACAGAGUUUAUCGGUCUUUGUUAAUCAUGUAUAUUUCACACUUAAUUUAUGUGCUCUCCCCUGUGUUUUAUAAUUGCAGCAGAGUAAUUUUACUUGGAUAUUGACUCUUUUGUGUGUUACUGAUGAAGGCGGGUAUGGAAAGUGAAACCCUGUGUUGUGUGAUCUUGAGUAACUGCUGGAAAUAAAACGGGUCACUUUGCACAUGGUGCUGUCCUCUUCUAAUCUAUAGCAAAGCAGCUGAAAUGGGUUAAUAAUCAGUUAACCAGUGAACAUGAAACCAUUAUGUGAUACUAAUUUUGCAUGUAUUUGUUUUGGAUGCAAAUCUUAAAUGUAUUUUUUCUUAUUUUCUCUUCUUCUUCUUGUAAAUACGGCACUAUUUAAACAAUCUUUUUAUAAGCCUGGACAUGGAAAUGAUAUCAGUUAACUGAUUCAUUUUAUUGAAACCUCACUUACUGUCUUUUGGAAAUGCAAACACUGUUAAAUCUGUGACACUGCCAAAUAAACAUGAUAUGCAGAAAUGGCUCAUCAGAACUAUUCUACCAAUCAUCAAAUCACAAAAAAAAGCUUGAAUGCUGAUGAUGUGAAGUCCCACUUUUAUUAUUUGUAACAGAAUCUGAUUUUUUUUUUAAUGUUUUUAGU